GGCUGAGGGUUUUUAAAGGGAGAUAUGGGGGUAGAUUCAGAUCAGAGGGGACUUUAGAACACAAAGGUGUGAGAGCCUCACGCUCAACCCUGUUUUAAACUAGUUUAAUGCUAGCUGUUCCUCUGCAGUGCCUCUGCCUAUCUUUCUGUCUCUCAGUGUGUCUCUGUGGCCCCCUAGGAGCAGAGGGAGGGGUGAACGUAUAAAACCUCUUGGGCUCCCUCCAGCCAGACUGUAGACUUACUGGAAACUAUAGAGACACCUGAGUGUCGCCCCACUGGCUAAACUAUCCCGUCACAAUGCUGUCACGAAAGCUGACUGUUCAUUUGAUCUUUGCUUUGGCUGGUCUUGCUCUCUCAUACCACGUUACUGAUGUGAGUAGCAGUGAUACAUCCACAGACACAAGCAAUGGAGAUACCAGCGUGGAAACCACAGGCAGUCCUGAUGCCCCUGAUGCCCCAGGCAAGUUCUGCAUGCUGUGCUGUACUGAAGACUGCAUCGAGGAAAGCAGCCAUGUCGGGAGCCAAGGUUGUUGGGUGCCCUGUAUGGAGGCAUGUUGGAAGGAAUGUAUGGAGCCUUAUAUGGAUCUCUGUAUGGAGCCCUGUACACAGGAUUCGUCAAAGGUGUGCGACAGUAAGGGGGACAUUAAUGAGGACAGUAAGGGGGACAUUAAUGAGGACGGUAAGGGGGACGGUAAGGGAGACAAUAAGGAGGACAGUAAGAGGGAUGGUAAGGGAGGCAGUAAGGAGGACAGUAAGAGGGACGGUAAGGGGGACGGUAAGGGAGACAGUAAGGGAGACGGUAAGAGAGACAGUAAGGGAGACGGUAAGGGGGGCGGUAAGGGAGACAGUAAGGGAGACGGUAAGGGGGACGGUAAGGGAGACGGUAAGGGAGACGGUAAGGGAGACAGUAAGGGAGACACUGAGGACAGUACGGGGGACGGUAAGGGAGACGGUAAGGGAGACGGUAAGGGGGACGAUAAGGGAGAGAGUAAGGGAGACGGUAAGGGGGACGGUAAGGGAGACAGUAAGGGAGACACUGAGGACAGUACGAGGGACGGUAAGGGAGACGGUAAGGGAGACGGUAAGAGGGACGGUAAGGGAGGCGGUAAGGGAGGUGGUAAGGGAGACGGUAAGAGGGACGGUAAGGGAGACAGUAAGGGAGACAGUAAGGGAGGCGGUAAGAGGGACAGUAAGGAGGACAUUAAGGGAAACAGUAAGGAGGACGGUAAGAGGGUCAGUAAUGAGGACAGUAAGAGGGACGGUAAGGGAGGCGGUAAGGAGGACAGUAAGGAGGACAGUAAGAGGGAUGGUAAGGGAGGCAGUAAGGAGGACAGUAAGGAGGACAGUAAGAGGGAUGGUAAGGGAGGCAGUAAGGAGGACAGUAAGGAGGACAGUAAGAGGGAUGGUAAGGGAGGCAGUAAGGAGGACAGUAAGGAGGACAGUAAGAGGGAUGGUAAGGGAGGCAGUAAGGAGGACAGUAAGGAGGACGGUAAGGGAGGCAGUAAGGAGGACAGUAAGAGGGAUGGUAAGGGAGGCAGUAAGGAGAACAGUAAGGAGGACAGUAAGGAGAACAGUAAGGAGGACAGUAAGGAGGACGGUAAGGAGGACGGUAAGAGGGAUGGUAAGGGAGGCAGUAAGGACAGUAAGAGGGAUGGUAAGGGAGGCAGUAAGGAGGACAGUAAGGAGGACAGUAAGAGGGAUGGUAAGGGAGGCAGUAAGGAGGACAGUAAGAGGGAUGGUAAGGGAGGCAGUAAGGAGGACGGUAAGGGAGGCAGUAAGGAGGACAGUAAGAGGGAUGGUAAGGGAGGCAGUAAGGAGGACAGUAAGGAGGAAGGUAAGAGGGAUGGUAAGGGAGGCAGUAAGGAGGACAGUAAGAGGGAUGGUAAGGGAGGCAGUAAGGAGGACAGUAAGGAGGACAGUAAGAGGGAUGGUAAGGGAGGCAGUAAGGAGGACAGUAAGAGGGAUGGUAAGGGAGGCAGUAAGGAGGACAGUAAGGAGGACGGUAAGGGAGGCAGUAAGGAGGACAGUAAGAGGGAUGGUAAGGGAGGCAGUAAGGAGGACAGUAAGAGGGAUGGUAAGGGAGGCAGUAAGGAGGACAGUAAGAGGGAUGGUAAGGGAGGCAGUAAGGAGGACGGUAAAGGAGGCAGUAAGGAGGACAGUAAGAGGGAUGGUAAGGGAGGCAGUAAGGAGGACAGUAAGAGGGAUGGUAAGGGAGGCAGUAAGGAGGACGGUAAAGGAGGCAGUAAGGAGGACAGUAAGAGGGAUGGUAAGGGAGGCAGUAAGGAGGACAGUAAGGAGGACGGUAAAGGAGGCAGUAAGGAGGACAGUAAGGAGGACGGUAAGAGCGGCGGUAAGGGAGACAGUAAGGAGGACAGUAAGAGGGACGGUAAGGGAGACAAUAAGGGGGACAGUAAGAGGGACAGUAAGGAAGUCAAUAAGGGGGACAGUAAGAGGGACGGUAAGGAACUCGAUAAGGGAGACAAUAAGGGGGACAGUAAGAGGGACGGUAAGGAAGUAGAUAAGGGAGACAAUAAGGGGGACAGUAAGAGGGACAGUAAGGAAGUCGAUAAGGGGGACAGUAAGAGGGAUGGUAAGGAAGUAGAUAAGGGAGACAAUAAGGGGGACAGUAAGAGGGACAGUAAGGGGGUUAGUAAGGGAGACAGUAAGGGGGACAGUAAGGGAGACAGUAAGAGGGAAAGUAAAAGACAGUAAGUGUGAGUGUAGUCUAACAUUGCUCUUAAGUUCCUUAGCCCUCCCUUGGCCCUCAAAAUGGGGAAGGUGUCUACAGAGAUACAAUUGAAUUAUUAUGCUGUUUUGAUGUGCAUAACAUUUUUCCCCACUUUUUUUGACUGUAUUGUUGUUGUUUUUAACUUCCUGAUGUUUUGAGAUCCUCUCUAGUGUUUACAGGACAUAAGGGUCUGAUUGGUGAAAUCAAUGCUAGCAGUAAUAUACAGAAUGACAAUGUAUGAGAAGUAAUGUGUCGCUGCAAUACUGACAAGUAAUGUAUCCAAUUCCAAUGAUAAUGAGUACAUGAUGCGUGAGAUGUUCAAUAAAGAAUCAUUUUUGUGA